UUGACCAAAGUCGGAAUCAUUGCCAAUCCGGCCGCCAGCAAAGACAUUCGCCGGCUGGUCGCUCAAGGGAGAGUCAUUCCCGACUGGGAAAAGGUCAACAUCGUACGACGGGUGCUCCUGGGCCUUCAGGCGGUGGGAGUUGAGCAAGUCGUUGCCAUGCCCGAUGGUUCUCAUCUGUGCCAGAGGGCCAGGGAUGACUCCCAAUUGCACGUCGACUUGUCCCUGCUUGAGAUGCCCACUUACUUCACGGAAGGGGACACUAUUCGGGCAGCAGGCAUGAUGGCUCAAGAGGGGGUGACUUGCCUGGUUACCCUGGGGGGCGAUGGGACCAACAGGGCGGUGGCAUGCGGCAGUUCCACCAUUCCAGUUGUGCCCAUUUCCACUGGCACCAAUAACGUCUUCCCGCAGAUGGUGGAAGGGACUCUUGCCGGCCUGGUUGCGGGUCUGGUGGCCAGCGGCAAACUGUUGCCCGAUUGGGUGUCUGUAACCAGCAAGACCCUUGCGGUUUACGUAGAUAACGAAUAUCGGGACCUGGCCUUGGUGGAUGUGGCCUUAUCCCGGGAACGGUACGUAGCCACGCGCGCCAUAUGGGAUCUCAGCACCCUCUACGAGGUUUUCCUCACUCGCGCCGAACCGGCAGCCAUCGGCCUGUCUUCGGUGGGGGCGCGGUUGCAGCACAUCUCACUGAGUGACGCUGGAGGGCUGCGGUACGUCCUGGCUGGCAGGAACGCUUCGCCAGAUGGGGAACCUGGGCAGUCCACAGAGACCCAGGGGAUGUCACACGGGGCCGGUCAGUCCACAGUCCUGGCGCCUGUGGCGCCGGGGAUGGUCGCCGAAGUGCAUAUAGCAAGUUGGGCACGCCUCGCGGAGGGUGAACGGGUCGAAGUAGAGCGGCGCCAUAGCACCAUCGCACUGGAUGGCGAACGGGCGCUCACGGUAACUCCGCAGCAAAAGGUAGAAAUCUCGGUGCAGAGAAACGGGCCGCCGGUGGUGCAAGUGGAAAGGGCCCUGCAAGUGGCAGCCGAGUUGGGACUAUUUCGCAGGUAG